CAUAUCUCCCCAUUUAAUCGGACGUAUAGCAGCCGAACGUCAUCAUAGGUAUUGCUAGCCACCAAUUCGAGCACCCCACAUCCUCCUCCUCCUCUUUCCCCCUUCAUGCAGACAGACGAACAAGCAUUCACAAUAAUAUACUUGUAUUAGUCUACUACGAUUUUAUACGUACUAUGUAUACGCGAACAAUGGUAUAUAGUCCCGAUGUAGAUACCUAGGUAUGUAUGUAGUUCCCGAUCCAUACGGUACUACAGUUCGGUAGCCGUAUUAGACCACGAGCUAGAUUCAACAGUAGAAUUUCUCAAAAUACUGGGGAAUGGAAGAGAAGGAGUCGGAGAAACAGAACGGCUCGGGGAAACAUAAUAAUACCCAGGCCCCUCCUUUGAGCUUCCCCCUCUCCUAUAUAGCCGAGACUAUCGUGAAGCCUUCCAAGGCAAAUAUCGCCGUCUUCACGAACCCCGCCCACAAGCUAUGGAUCAACGAGGCGAAGCCAACAGUAGAGGACGUACAGAAGGGAGAGAGCCUGAAACCUGGUGAAGUUACUGUUGCCAUCAAGAGCACUGGAAUAUGCGGCUCUGAUGUCCACUUCUGGCACGAGGGAUGCAUCGGGCCAAUGAUCGUGGAUGGAGACCAUAUCCUGGGACACGAAUCAGCCGGUCAGGUUAUCGCGGUGCAUCCGUCCGUGACACAUCUGAAGGUUGGAGACCGAGUCGCGAUAGAACCGAACAUCAUCUGCAACGAAUGCGAGCCUUGCCUAACGGGCCGUUACAACGGUUGCGAGAAGGUCUACUUCCUAUCGACGCCCCCGGUCCCAGGUCUAUUAAGGAGAUACGUAAACCACCCGGCCACCUGGUGUCACAAGAUUGAAAAUAUGUCAUACGAGAACGGUGCGCUGUUAGAGCCUCUGAGCGUCGCACUGGCCGGCAUGCAAAGAGCCGGUGUUAAUCUUGGCGAUCCGGUACUGAUCUGUGGUGCUGGACCGAUUGGACUGAUCACGUUACUCUGUUGUAAAGCAGCUGGCGCUUGCCCCCUAGUCAUCACUGACAUCGACGAAGGACGACUUAAGUUCGCCAAGGAGAUAUGCCCGUCAGUUAUCACACACAAAGUAGAGAGGUUGAGCCCCGAAGAGUCAGCCAAGAAGAUAGUCGAAUCUUUUGGUGGCAUCGAACCUUCUCUGGCUAUAGAGUGUACUGGAGUAGAAAGUAGCAUUGCAGCGGCAGUCUGGGCUGUCAAGUUCGGGGGUAAGGUAUUCAUUACUGGAGUUGGAAGGAACGAGAUCAACUUUCCCUUUAUGCGAGCUAGCACUCGAGAAGUUGACGUACAGUUACAAUACCGAUAUAGUAACACAUGGCCUCGAGCUAUUCGCCUGGUUGAGAAUGGCGUAAUAGACCUCUCGAAACUCGUUACUCAUCGAUUCAAACUUGAAGAUGCUGUUGAAGCCUUCAACACGGCAGCAGACCCCAAGACGGGAGCUAUCAAAGUUCAGAUUCAGAGCCUGGAUUGAGUUCGGUUCCUGUAUAUUCAAGGUUAUGUAGCGAGUUAGAUACACACGGGUCAAGGGAGCGAGUGAGGUUAUAGCGAAGUGAGUUUUUAGGAAUAGAUAUUCUUUGAACUUAAUGAUACGGAAUAAGAUAUAAAAUCAAGAUCGCAUAACUUAAUCAAAUGUUAGAAUAUGAGAAACCCAACUUGUAAUUGAUAAUUGUUUAAAGAUGAUAAAAAUAAUAAAGUUGAAAGGUGAAAGUUGAAGU